AUGCCUCCUGUACGGUCAGCUAGGGCCUCGAAGGCGUGUCCCGGCAGCGGCUGUCUUCGCUGCGCGACGCUAACGCAGCCUUGCUCGCUGGAUCCCGAGCAGACGAGCCCUAAUUGCAGGUCGAGCCCGUCAACUCAUUGCCGGUCGGAACAUACUCAGAACACAAGCACCGUCGCUUCCGAGGUUAAUCAGCGGAGUGCGGUGGAUGAGAGCCAUAAGCACAGAAUCGCCAGACUGGAAAGAACGGUAGAGAGUUUGGUUGACCGUCUGGAUGCCAAGAUCGAUGCCCUAGCUAGCCGGUUCAACGAGGAAACCCCUCCGAGGAGGACAGAACAAGGUAUCAUUGAGCAUGAACCAGCUCCUGUGCUCCUCAUCAGGGAGGCUGCCUUAGACGCUGGCGUACGCUCACCGGAGCAGAACGACGCUCGUCCUGAAGUGUAUGCCGACCCGAUAUCUUCAGGGCUGGUUUCAUCGUCUAUCGCCCACUCAUUGGUCGAACUAUUCCAUACCCACUACGGCAGAUGGGUGAAGUUUCCAGAGGAUCUCUCAACACCGGCCCUUCUCUCGCGAAUCGGAGGGUCGUCGCUUCUUACAUGCAGUGUAUUGUUAAUUGCAGUCAGACACACCACACCAGACCUUGCGGACAGACUCGCGCCUCAGUUGUUCCGAGAAGCAAAACGCCUUGUCACCUCCUCCUUACUCAUGGUCCCACAGACGACGCCAUUCUUCCAGGCGGUUCUGAUUCUGAGCCUGUGGUCGACGACCAUCGGCCAAGUGCCGCUGAGUGUUGACAGCUGGCUUUUGACCGGCUAUGCUUUGCAGCAGGCAUUGAUCAGCCCGGACUUAGUGGAAGUCAUGCGACCCGACGCAGCUCUUCCGACCGUACAGAAACAUGUCGAUGCAUGCACGUCCUUCCCCUUGUCGCUUUCACAAUCCUACCUUACUGACGUAUCUCUCAGAUACUGCGUAGGGACCCGCCGCCAGGCUCAAUUGACCGACGUCGACAUCCAACGCUGCGCACGAUUGAUGCAAAUGGACAGCAUCACCAACUACGAAGCGCGAAUGAUCGCCGAGGUCAAGCUGUACUGGAUCAUCUAUCGCAAGUGUUGCGGAUCGCAUCCGGAUCUCGAAGCCGUGAAACGCGCUCUAGCGAAUUGGCAGCAAGAGUUCCUCGUACUGUUUGCGCAACCUCGCUCCCAGUUUCUGCGCAUGGGCUUUCACUUCGCGCACCUCCUCGCCUACAGCAACCGCCUGAAAUCCUCAUCUCAAGAGUCAUUAGACAACAUGGCCAGCAGCAGCAGCAGCAGCAGCGCAUCCCUCGUCGCCGGAAUGCUGUCCCACGCGAAGAACAUCAUCGACCUCGCGAUCGACACCACGGACGACCGAACCCGCCACCUGACGGAUCAGAUCUACCACCUCGUCACAUUCGCAGCGCUCACCCUCUGUCGCCUUGUGCACACCUACGAGGAGAACCUGCGCGCCACGGGCCACGAUCUGGACGCUUUGGAUGGUCUGGUGGUGCAGCUCGUCGACUGGCUGCGGUCGAUUGGGCUUCCAACAAGCCACGCCGCAUAUAUGCUGGGCGAUAUUGUGUUUGCGCGGUUCGCCAAAUUGCGACCGCAUUCGCGAGUGCUGGCGUCAAUCACCGCCAGGAGAGGGGGAGGAGAGGAGAAGGAGGACGCCGACUUGGCGCAACCGCUUCUCGACGACAGGUUGUUCUCGGAUGAUGUUCUGGCGCUGGCGUAUCCCGGGUUCAUCGGGCUGGAGCUUUUCGACAUGGGGCUGGGCGGGGCAGAGGUGUCGUGGCCGCAGUGGGAGGGGGAGUUGUAUUCGUCGACGUAAGCGGCUCUUUCGUCGUGUGUAUGGGCAUUCCAAUGAGUGGGGUAGGCUUCUUUAGGUGAAAUGUAGGAGAAUUUCCUCCCGCUCCAGCCCUAACUCCAUGUAUCUUGGAGAAAAGAAGCGGAGAGUCGCGUCUGCUAGAGUUCGAGGUUG